AGCCAGAGACAUGUCGUCCCUCGCGAUGUCGCUCGCGUCGGCUGUGCCCAGUGGCACAGAUGCCGCCGGCGCCAACUCCGACGACCUGGCCGCCUACUUCCGGUCACGCAUUGAGGACCUGCAGGUGGCCAUCCAUGAGAAGACCCAGAACCUCCGGCGCCUGGAGGCCCAGCGCAACGAGCUAAACUCCAAGGUCCGCAGCCUCCGCGAGGAGCUCCAGCUCCUGCAGGAGCCCGGCUCCUACGUUGGCGAGGUCGUUAAGGUCAUGGGCUCAGAUCGUGUUCUCGUCAAGGUCCACCCCGAGGGCAAGUACCUUGUCAAGGUCGACAAGGCCAUCGACAUUUCCACGCUCACCGCCACCACGCGCGUGGCCCUGCGCAACGACAGCUAUACCCUGCACAAGAUCCUCCCCAACAAGAUUGAUCCCCUUGUGUCGCUGAUGAUGGUGGAGAAGGUCCCCGACUCGACGUACGACAUGAUCGGCGGCCUGGACAAGCAGAUUCGCGAAAUCAAGGAGGUCAUCGAGCUGCCGAUCCAGCACCCGGAGCUCUUCGAGGCGCUGGGCAUCUUCCAGCCGAAGGGUGUCCUGCUGUAUGGCCCGCCGGGUACCGGGAAGACCCUGCUGGCUCGUGCGGUGGCCCACCACACCGCGUGCACCUUCAUCCGCGUGUCCGGCAGCGAGCUGGUCCAGAAGUACAUUGGCGAGGGGUCGCGCAUGGUGCGCGAGCUCUUCGUCCUGGCCCGUGAGCAUGCCCCCUCGAUCAUCUUCAUGGAUGAGAUCGACUCCAUCGGCAGCAGCCGUGGCGAUGGCGGCGGCGGUGGCAAGGGCGGCGGCGAUAGCGAGGUCCAGCGGACCAUGCUGGAGCUGCUCAACCAGCUGGAUGGCUUCGAGCCCAACAACAACAUCAAGGUCAUCAUGGCCACCAAUCGCAUUGACAUCCUGGAUGAUGCCCUCCUCCGGCCUGGUCGUAUCGACCGGAAGAUCGAAUUCCCCCCUCCGAAUGAUGCCGCCCGCGUGGAUAUCCUCAAGAUUCACUCGCGUCGGAUGAACCUCGCGCGUGACAUCGAUCUCAAUGCCAUUGCCUCCAAGAUGCCGGGCGCGUCGGGUGCCGAGUGCCGGGGUGUCUGUACCGAGGCGGGCAUGGUGGCCCUGCGCGAGCGGCGCCUUCAUGUGACGCAUGCCGACUUCGAGGCUGCCGUGGCCAAGGUCAUGCGCCGUGAUGCCGACGCCAACACCUCCAUCAACAAGCUCUUCAUCUAGGGCGGGGGCGGUUGCCUCUCACCGGUCCCCCUCCUCCGCUUUCUGCCUGUCCCUCUCCUGUUCUUGCCACGCCGCCUGGCCCCAAAUGUACACUAUUCUCCUUUCUCGCA